CAGAAUAUUCUCGCUAAAAAGCCGUUGAUGGUUUGCUAAAUAUAUCUUGGCAAAAGUUCAAAUGGAGGUCACUGCGUAUAUAUAGCCGACACUUUGACAAGUUCCAGCCUCUCUUGGAUCUCUCCCUUCUCUUUGCAAGGAGAGACCCAAAAGAACCAUAAGAACGCCCUCCUUUCUCCUCCCAAAUUGGAGUUCACAAAUAUCUCGCGUCACCGCCUCCCCCGCCACCGCUAAAUGCCCAUCGAGCCCGACAUGAACCCGCCCCUCACCGACUCGCAAGCCCCGGAGGGGAAGAAAAAGCCCGGAGGGAUGAACAUCUUCCGGGCGGCGUGGCUUAGGCGACACCGCUGCCCUGAGAAGAAGGCUUGCGGGUCUAUAGACGGCGACCCAUCUUCCAAUGCGGCGUUGAACAAGGUCGUGGGUUCGAUGCGCCCUUUGCACCUCCAGAGCCACCGAUCGCCGCAGCACACCCGCGUGCUUGGCUCCUUGGCCCUGCCCUCGUCGAACGAGCAAUACGAGGACGUGCUCUCAUCGCCCGUGUCCACGUCGUGCAAGAUGACUUGCUUGUCCUCUCCAUCUUCCGCUUCCGAAGAGGGUAUGAGCCGGUUCGCGUCCGCGCCGAACCUCGUGGAUCUCGACUGCGACAGCGAAGAUGGCGAUCCUGACCACAAUGUUGAGGAAGGCGACAAGACGAUCGAUGCCAAGGCUGAGCAAUUCAUUGCUCAAUUCUACGAGCAAAUGCGUACCCAAAAUUACAAUCGCAAAGUUAAGAUGUCUAGUUGUCAAUGAAUCCGUUGCACAAAUUUUUGGUUCUUGGUGACCUAAUUUGGCAUAUAGCUUAUGAAGAAUUUUUUAUCCUAGAGAAAUUUGGAAUUUAGUUCCUUGGUAUUUAUUUCGCGUAUUG